AUGGAUCCCAAUAACAACAACAACCGUAAUAACAUGAAUUAUGGUUACGACCGCAACUACAAUGCCAACAACCGCGCCUAUCCCACCACCCCCUCCGCAUUCCCCCAACCCAUCUAUCAAACUCAGGGGGCUCAGGAUUAUGUCGACCCCUCUAACCCAGCUUACGCCCCAGGCUAUUUUCUGCCCAGCCACUACCCACCCCAGGUGCAGGCACAGUAUGCUCAGCAACAGCAAUACGCGCAACAGCAAGCAUUGCAAUCACCCCAGCCUGCCUACCAAACGCGCCCCGGUUACCCCGAUGGUACCAACGGUCUGAUCCAGCAAUUCUCCAACCAGGACCUUAAUGCAAACCGUGCAGGGUUUUACAACAACAACAGGACUGCUGCCCCAGCACAGCGGCCUCGCACCGCUGGCGGCACCCCCACUCAAGCGCCCGGCCAACAAUCACACCUAAUUCCCCCGGUCCCUCGCAGCCCCCGCCCACCCUCUGAGAAUGAAGAGUUGCAACGUUUCCCCGAUCGGUACUCAGAGAAUGUACACAAGCGAGGAAAGGUUGCAAAGGAGGUGGUGACUGUGUUUUUCCAGGAUAGUAUUGAACGGGCCCGUGACCGUAACGUGCGCUCUGCGGAACUCGACAAGAUCGUCUUUGACCCCAACCUUCCCGUCGAGAAGAAGCGUCAGGAUGCUGAGGGGAUUUCCAAGAGAGAGUCCGACUUCCUUCGAUUCCUACGCACGAAGGAGACACCAUCCAACUUCCAGACCAUCAAGAUUAUUGGAAAGGGUGCGUUCGGUGAGGUCAAACUCGUGCGGCGCAAGACCGACAACAAGAUUUACGCUCUCAAAUCGUUGAUCAAGACGGAGAUGUUCAAGAAGGAUCAAUUGGCCCACGUCCGUGCUGAGCGUGAUAUUUUGGCGGAUUCGAAGGACAACCCAUGGCUGGUCAAGCUGCACGCAUCGUUCCAGGACGCUGCGUACCUUUACCUGCUGAUGGAGUUCUUGCCUGGUGGUGAUUUGAUGACAAUGUUGAUCAAGUAUGAGAUCUUCUCUGAGGAUAUCACUCGGUUCUACAUGGCCGAGGUCGUGAUGGCAAUUGAAGCCGUACACAAACUUGGUUUCCUUCACCGUGAUAUCAAACCUGACAACAUCUUGCUUGACCGUGGUGGCCAUGUCAAGCUUACUGACUUCGGUCUGUCCACUGGAGGCAAGAAGACUCACGACAACGCUUAUUAUCAGAACCUCCUCAAGAACUCCACUUCCAAGGAUCGGAAUCGCAACUCUGGCUACUUCAACGAUGCUAUCAAUUUGACGGUGUCCAACCGCGGUCAGAUCAACACAUGGAGGAAGUCCCGUCGGGCCAUGGCUUAUUCCACCGUUGGAACUCCGGAUUAUAUCGCUCCUGAGAUCUUCAAUGGUCAGGGUUACACUUACCUCUGCGACUGGUGGUCUGUGGGUGCUAUCAUGUUCGAGUGUCUCGUAGGCUGGCCUCCGUUCUGUGCUGAAGACACAAAUGACACUUAUCGUAAAAUCGUCAACUGGAGAGAGUGCUUGUACUUCCCCGAUGAACUGACCCUUUCCCGUGACUCCGAGGGGCUGAUCCGGAGUUUCUUGUGUGACCCGGACCAUCGCAUUGGCAGCGAAGGCGGCCAACACGGCGGCGCCACCCAGAUCAAAAACCACCCCUUCUUCAGGGGAGUAGUUUGGGAUCAACUGCGUGGCAUCCGUGCUCCCUUCGAGCCGCGUCUCAGCUCCAACAUUGAUGUGUCGUACUUCCCGAUUGACGAGAUUCCCCAGGAGGAUACCAGCGCAAUCUACCGUGCCCAGGCUCGUGCCAUGCCGGAGUCGCAGGAAGCCGAGAUGAGCUUGCCUUUCAUCGGCUACACCUAUAAGGCCUUCAAUGCCUUCCAGAGCAACUAA